AUGCCGGCCCCAUCAUAUCCCCUCCCCGUGUCGCCAUCCGCCGUCCAGCUCUACCGUCAUCUACUCCGAGAAUGUUCCUACCUACCUCCAGCAUUCCGCGCUGAGAUUGCCUCAGUAAUUCAAGAUCGCUUUCAUAGACAUCGAAAAUAUGACCCGCGUGCAAAGGCCCAUCUCACAAGAGCUCAGACAGCUCUGCGAACCCUGCGAGCCGCCAAUAGUGGCGAGCAAUCCGCCAUGGAGGGCUUAAUAUCCAAAGGAUUUGGCAGAUCAGGAAGCAGGCGAAGAGAACUGAUGGCGAAAUUUGUGAUCCCGCAAGGUCCAAGAGAUACGGGGGCUCUUGAGGAAGCUCUCGAUUCUGCCAAUAGAGGAAAUAAAGAUGCCAAAGACUCUGCCUCGUCAGCACAAGUCUCGGAAGAGAGAGGUGCCAAAGUUAAAAGGAAAUUCUUUGAUAAAUGGGACCAAAAAAAGCUUUUGCGGCUGCUAUCGUCACAGCGGCAGCAACAGAGGGAUACAAAGGGGACAGCCAGCUGGCCGGGAGCACUCGUCAAGACGAUUGACCCUGAUCAAUUCAUUCCUAAAGAGACCAUCUGGGGAAAACCACCUGGGGAAAAUCUAAGACAAACGAAAAGAGCUCACUGGUGGCGGCGAAGCGCUGAAAAGAUCAUGCCUCCGCUAGGCAGGGGUGAGUGGGAGAUGCUCAAGCAGCUGAGUAACGGAGGCCAGGAAAGAGGCGAGUGGAAGAUACCAGAGAGGCGGACACCAGCAAUACCAUUGACAACAUCGGGAGCGACUGGCGCGCAAGCAUCUUGGAACUGGGAAGAUUUCGCUCUAAAACCAGCGGCAAUCGUCGAGAAACCAAAGUCCCUUAAACAACAGCGGCGAACCGGCCAAAAGGAUGACAGCCCGUACGGCGUCAAAGAUCGGGAUCGCAAACUAUCAGCAAGAUGGUUUCAGAGAGCCUACAGCAGAGCAUGGCAGCUCACGCCAACCAUGUCACAAGACCCCAACACGCUCAACUAUUCGUUCACAUGGGGUAGCGUCCAGUCAAAACUGCCUCCUGCAGCUGAGCACCAGCUUGAGGUCUUCAGAGAUGUUGAUCAGAAGGGCCGCAAAGUGCACAGUAAGCCAUCGUCGUGA